ACGAUUGGGACUAGCCAACGUCGACCACAGUUUAGGACUGUCAACGGUUUCGAUGUUUUCGCUAUCCACGACUCGCUCGAUAUUCUGUCGUGUGUGUGUGUGUAUGUCCGCCGAUAAAUUGACGGCGCUCGCCUCAUCACCCCAUCACCAUAUUUAGGAUAACGAAUUAUAUCUGUCAUGUUCUGCAGUAUCGUUGCGUUGUCUAGUGAGAUUUUCGUUAAUUUUUUGUUUUGGUUUUAAAUCUGUCCGAUAAAUAUUCCUCUAAAGCAUGGUUACAACUUUUGCAAAGUAUAUUAUGUACAUUAAACAACAAUCAAUUACAUUUUUAUGAAAUGUUUUGUAUAUUGUAUCGAAUUGUUCACCAAACUACAGCGUAUCUAUUAUUUUCGAUGACAUUUACCUAAAUUAUCAUGAUAACAAUAAUAAUGUUUAUGCCAGUCACAGAUUUCUAUGCUAUGACGUGUAGUAUGUGAGGAUGAUAAUGGUGUUUCAAUAUUUAUCAAUAUUAAUAUUAUAGUAGUACAACUCAAAAAUGUAUUUUACCUCACUGUUGUUGAAAUUAUUAGAAGGGGAGACAAAGGCACAGCAAUUAGUCCAAUCAUUUGACCAUUCAGAAAAAUAGGUUAAAUUAUUUAAAUAGUAAUCUUAACUAUUUGGUCAGCCAUUUUAAUUAUGGAUGAUCAUAAUUGCCUUCAACUGAAUGAAGAUCCAAUUCAGUUUGUUCCCGCCAGUGUAAGCAAAACAACAAACGUGUUUUAUGAUGAAAUAACUGGACAGAUAAUUACUGUUCAUUCUGGCGAGCUGACUGAAAUAAUUGUAACAUCUAGUACUAGAUGUAGAGAAAAUAUGGUGUUUAAAAUUGAAGAUCGGGGACCAGUAUCUUCAAUAAAAAUGUCCCUAGACUGUAAAAUAUUAACAAUGAUGAGAACAGCAUUAUCUGUAGAAUUAAUGGAAAUUAAAGAAAAUACUUUACAAAGUCCUUAUUUUUUGUAUUGUAAAUUCAAAGGUGCCAAAUUGUUGGGCUUUAUUUGGACUGGUAACAAUGAAAUACUACUAAUUAGUGAUAAAGGUGUAGAACUAUACCAGGUUGAAGGCCAAGUACCUAAGCAACGCAUCAUUUUUUCUAAAUCUAUAAAUGUGCAUGUGAAUUGGUUUAUUUACUCAAAUCAUUCAAAAUUAUUACUACUGUCUAUGAACUCUUUUGGUGAUUUUCAACCACUACACAUUUUACCUGGAAAUAUAAAUAAACUAACAAAAUUAGAAGUUGAUUUAGAUACUUCACUUAAUAUACCAAAUCAAUCAAUUAGUGAACGUAAUAUUGUAAUGACUACUGUGUACAACAUACUCAGAAUAUUAGUUUUACCAACAAGUCAAAGUCGAAACGAAAUUAUAGUUUAUACAUUAAACAAAAUGAUGUCAUUUAAAAAAUCACAUAUUCUAAAGUUGUCACACAAUGGUAAAUUAUUGAUUAAUGUAGUUGAUAAUUUGAUUGUUGUUCAUUACCAACAUACAAAGUCUUCUUCUGUAUUCGAUAUAUAUAUGGAAGCUGCAAAAGAACAUACAAUAUCACAUUAUUUACCUAUUUUAGACGAUUUAUCAAUUAAAAGAACAAUUCCAAGAGAAGGCGGAUCACAAUACGUUUCUCAUCUAUAUUCAAGUAUUUGCAUCUCGUUUCAACCAAAUAUAAUAAUAGAUGCUAAAUUAGGUUAUCUAUGGCAUUUCAAACUAAACUUAGCAGCUGUGUCUAGAAUAAUUAUGGAUAAAUGUUCACUUAUUGAUUUUCUUCUGUUGCGUUCAAAAUCAAAAGAUACCACUUUGGAGGUAUUACAAAAUAUGAUUUUACAAAAAACAAGUAAUUUGAUUGAAAUAGGAAAUGUUUUUGAUCAUUUGAAUAUUGUUUACAAGAAACAUCUCAACAAUCAUAUUAUGAACACUGGUCCAUUAUCUAAUGACUACAUGAUUGUUGCUGAAUCAUUGCAAUGCAAAGUUGUUAUAGAACAGUUAGAUGUUUAUAAGCAUGUAUUUGUAAAAUUAGUAGAUAAAUUGGAAAAUACUAAAGAUGAUGAUGAUAAAAAAUUUACAGUUUCAAUAUUAGUUGAAUACAUACGAUCACUAACAGAUAACAAAAUCACUAUUGAACACUUCCUUUAUGAAUUACUCAUAAACUGUCUAGUAAUAAAUAAAAUGUAUUAUCAGCUUCAUCAGAUGGUGCAAUACCAUAUUGUUAUUGACUCCAAACCAUUGGCUUGUUUAUUAUUAUCUUUAGAAUCACUUUAUUCACCAGCACAUCAGAUGGCGCUUGACAUGUUGCAUAGACUGAAUACGGCCCAUGAAGAGAUAGUAGAAGUCUUGCUUUCCAAGAAACAAGUUAUCCCAUCCAUGAGAUACAUGGCAAAGCACAAUAUGCUAGAUCACUCAACAUAUAGAAAAUUAACUGAAAUAGCAAUUUCAACUGAUAAUUCAAAAAUAUUGCAUUCCACUAGAGAAGAAUUUGUACAAAGAAAUGUGACCUCAAAUGAUGAACUUGAUACUAGUAGUAGAAGAUAGUUUAAAAAUAGUUAAAAUUAAAUAUUUAUAUACUAUGACUAUUAUUUAAUAAUAUAUUAAAAAUUAAAUGCCUGUUGUUUAUGAUUUCAAAAUAUCUAUGUUAUCACUUAGAAUUGUUUAUUAUUUAUUUUUGUUAAUACAUAUAUUAUUAUAUCAUAAUUUAUUUAAAAUCGUAUUGCUAAUUUUAUUUAUUUAAAUAUAAAACAGUAUGUAUUAUAUACUAAUAAAAAUUAGAUAUUUUUAUAAUAA